AUGGCAGUUAAAGGAUUGGGCGAAUUAGAUCAGGAAUUGGACGGAAGCAAGGUCCGUGUGGGAAUUGUUCAUGCUAGAUGGAACAAGGUUAUCAUUGACAACCUGGUGCAAGGUGCUAAGAAGCGGUUAUUGGAGCUCAACGUUAAGGAGGACAAUAUUAUCAUUGAAUCUGUUCCUGGUUCUUACGAGCUUCCAUUAGCUUCUGCUGCUAUGUUUGAGAAACAUGACGUUGAUGUUGUGAUUCCAAUUGGAUGUCUGAUCAAGGGUUCCACCAUGCACUUUGAGUACAUUUGUGAUUCAGUCACCAAUGCUCUGAUGGAUCUACAGUUCAAGAUUUACAAGCCGGUAAUUUUCGGUGUUCUUACUUGUUUGACUGAAGAGCAAGCCGAAGCCCGUGCUGGUUUAAUUCCUGGUAAAAUGCAUAACCACGGAGAAGAUUGGGGAGCAGCCGCUGUUGAGAUGGUUACCAAGUAUUCUCCACACCUUACCAAAAUUUCUGGAAAUAAAUAG